GAAACCCGUCUUUUUGUUGUUGUCAAUUGAUUAAACAAAUGUACAAACUGUGUCCACACGUGUGAUGAGGACUAUUCCUAUUUUUCAAUGCCUACAAACCUAGUCUUUUUCUGUUGUCAAUUGAUUAAACAAAUGUACAAAUUGUGUCCACACGUGUGAUGAGAUUGAUGGUCGAGAUAUUCUUAAAUUAGCGUCUAAAUUGUUUAUUAAUAGUUUACGACUUUAAUUAAUAUAAUAAUAAAUUACGAUGUAUAUAAGUUACAAACAAUUUUCAUAAUAAUGUAGGAUAUAGUUGGUAGGGUAUUAUUAUAACUAUUUUUUUUUUGGGUUGGACUGGUUGGCCCUGAAACGCCUUGGUAGCACUUUUUUAGUGCUUAUUUAUGCAGACUUCUGAAACUGGCUGACGGGUUGAGUAUCCAAAUACCGAAGUGAAACUGGGAAAUCAAGGAAUCGAGAUUUAGAGCGAAAAUAAUGGCAGAGGGGCAAGGAGUUCAGAUUCCCAGAGUGCAACUUGGAAGCCAGGGACUUGAGGUCUCAAAAUUGGGAUUUGGAUGUAUGGGCUUGACUGGAAUCUACAAUUCUUCUCUAUCUGAUGAAGAAGGCAUCUCAAUACUAAAGGAAGCUUUCAAUAAGGGAAUCACUUUUUUCGAUACAGCCGAUGCAUAUGGACCCCAUUCUAACGAAACCCUGAUCGGAAAGGCCUUGAAACAGUUACCAAGAGAAAAAGUUCAGAUAGCCACAAAGUUUGGGGUUACAAGGGUUGGACAUUCUAUGACAGUGAAGGGAACCCCAGAGUAUGUGCGGGCAUGUUGUGAGGCUAGCUUGAAACGCCUUGACAUAGACUACAUUGAUCUCUAUUAUCAACAUCGUACUGAUACAUCUACACCUAUAGAAGAAACUAUGGGUGAGCUGAAAAAACUGGUGCAAGAGGGAAAGAUUAAGUAUAUAGGUUUAUCUGAAGCCAAUCCACAGACAAUAAGGAGAGCACAUGCAGUUCAUCCUAUUACGGCUCUACAAAUGGAGUGGUCGAUCUGGACACGUGACAUUGAGGACGAGAUUGUUCCUCUCUGCAGAGAUCUAGGGAUAGGUAUUGUUCCUUACAGCCCUCUCGGUCGAGGCUUCUUUGCCGGUAAAGCCGUUGUGGAAAGUUUGCCUACUGAGAGCCAAUUGAGCUUACAUCCUCGAUUCAUCGAAGAAAACUUGGAGAAGAACAAGUGCUUUUACACACGAAUAGAGAAGCUUGCUGAAAAGCACCAUUGCUCUCCUGCUCAACUUUCUCUUGCAUGGGUUCUUCAACAAGGAGAUGACGUUGUUCCAAUUCCAGGCACAACCAAGAUAAAGAAUUUGGAGCACAACAUUGGUUCCUUGACGGUGAAGCUCGACAAAGACGACCUGAAUGAGAUUUCCGAGGCAGUACCCGAAAGCGAGGUAGCUGGAAAUAGAAGUUAUGAUAGCAUGAUUCAUGCAACAUGGAAAUAUGCUAACUCACCUCCACUAGUGAAUGACAUCUGAACCUGAGACAUUCAAAGGUUUGCAUACACCUUAAUGAUGGUUCUACAAGAUUUGGACAAUAGGAAUUCAACUUAUUUUUCCAUCGUCUUCAAUAAAUGUAUGAAUGCGUUCUAUAAAUGAUGUUGUUUAUCAGGGAGGGAUAGAUGUACUGUGAACAUUGGUAACAGGUUACCGAGUAA